AUGUUAGAGUUUCAUAUAUCCUAUAGCCACUAUUGACUUUAAUUUCCUCCCUCUACUGUGUGUCUGGGACAAAAUGUACUUCAGAUUAUUCCUCUUAAAGUAAAAUGGAUUACUUCCUUUUAAGUAAAAUGGGUUUCUGCAAUUAAUAGCACCCUCAGUUCAGUGGUCUACUCUUCUGUAGAAUUUUCUGCUCUCUUAGGAUAGAGGAUGGAUCAAGUCCUACUGGUGGGAGUGGUAGGGCUCUUUGAAGUUUACAAAACUUUAACUUCAUGUAAAAUUUUACCUUCUUCAUGAGAAAUCUUUCUUGAUUCACUGGUCUGUAGCCUAAGUGAAAGAUAAUUUCCACUGAAGGCCGGGUGAUUGUCUCUGCAUACAGUGUAGCUCCUUGUUUGGGCACAGAUUGUUGUCUCUGUUCUGAGCAGGGCCAGUCAUCUCUUACACAAGAAGAUACAUCUGGGUUCUCCUUUCCCUUGCUGCAUGAUUUCACCACACCAACAUUCAAAUAACCUUGCUGAUACACUGCAAUAAAACUGUUCCUAUACUAACAAGCUGUUAGUAUGUUCCUUUAGGAGCUGAAGUGGAGAAAGGGUUGUAUUUGGGAUCAAUCCUUGGCCUUUCUGUCAAGUUUUUAAUUUGUGUGAAACAGAUAUCCAGGGGGUGGCUAGGGAGGGUGGGUUAUUUGGGGAUCUCAGUUUUGUUUUGGAAAUAUUUCUGAGAGCUGACUUGUCUCAGUUCUGAUUGGUCAUACAUGUUGGGAGACUUGAUUUCACCUUUUCAAGGAAUAGUGUGUCACAUUCUCUUAAACAUCACAUAAUUCUGUGCCUGUUUUUCAGAAACAAGUGUGUUCCUGAGAAUGAAAAAGACAGUUUAAGGUGCACUUGUACAAUAUAUCCAGAAUAUUUUGUAUCAGGCCUCACUUAUAUUCUAGCCCUACAAUUCAAUGGCACUGAUACGUGGAAUUACAAUGUUACACCAGCCCUUGUUGCCAGUCAUCUAUGAAGUGAAAUACUGGAGGAAGCAGCACCCGACAGAGGUUUCUGUAAAAACAAUUAAUUACCAGGCAAAAAGCUUUGAGAUUACUGCAAGCUCCUUGAAGAGAGGCUAUGAUUAUGUUGCAACUCUUAGGUGUAACUACGUGGACUACCCAGCCUACUGGAGUGAAUGGAGUGAAGAAGUUGAAUUUCACUAUGAUUACCGGGUGAAGGCUGAAGACAUUCUGCAGAUGGCUGUGCCCACAUCCUGCAUACUGAUCAUGGCAGGAUCCAUAAUUUGUUACUUCUGUUUCACCAAAGUGAAAAAAGAAUGGUGGGAUCGAAUCCCAAAUCCAGCAAAGAGCCAGUCGGUUGUAAAAAAUGUCCAGUUUUCAGUUUUGUGCUACUUUGAUGAAAUUAAGUUCCCGUUCCAGGACUUAAAGCAGAGUCACAUGGAACAACAAAUAAGUUGCAAGAACUGUCUGACUCAAAGUUUGUUAAGCCAAAACUUCAAGGGAAAAGAUAACAUCAGAAAUGUUGAGAAAUCUUGCAGUUGCCACAGCAAGUCUGAAGAGUGGUUGCCAAAAGGCAGCAGUGCAGUUUUAACCCCUGAUACAAUACCAGUUGAAGAGUGUAUAGAAAUCUGUGUAUGUUUAACAGACAGUGAAACUGAGAGCCAAGAAGAAACUGGCAAGCAGAUCACCAUGUUUGAGCCUUGUGAGAGCAGCAUUGGUGCUGUCAGAGAGCACCCUGAACACAAUGAGUUACUAGCUAACAUGUUUGAUGCACUCCUGGCAGAUGAAAAUAACAUGGAAGACAAUAAAGGCCCAAACAUCCCCACAGCUGAGAGGAAAACCUUAGAGAACAUUAGGUCUGGAAAUCCAUCACAGCAAAAUCCAAAAGAAAGUGCAGCCCAGAGUCCACAACCAUGUGACAUUUCUCAUACAACUCCCCUUUUCACCAAAGCCUCUCAAGAUGACUACAAUUGUAGUACAGCCAGCAAAGAGUCAGAGCUAUCAGAAGAAUCCUUUGAAUCUGGAUAUCAGAGCUCCAGCAUAAAUUCUGCUUCUCUGGAUGCAAGAGAUCUUCAACAAAUGGUUCAUCAAAGCCGUUUUCUAUGUCAUUGUGAAAGUGAGCUUGACUCUUGUGUCCAGACCCAGGAGUCUACAAAUAAAUCAUUGUUUGGAACUGAAACGGACAGAAUAAACAGCCCUGCAGACAAGAGUUUUAAUACCCUUGUGUCUGCGUCCAUGGGGUUGUGUGGUUCUGUCUACAAGAGCUGUGACACCCUUUUGUCUCCAUCCCUGGAACCCUGUGGCUCUGUCUACAGAAGCUUUAAUAUGCUUGUGUCUGCAUGCAAGGAACCAAGCAGCUCUGCAUACAAGAGCUUCAGUGCCCUCAUGUCUCAGUCGAUGGCUAGCAGUAGCCUGACUCUGGGCUUUGAAAGCGUGCCUUCCUUACCACCUUUGAGACAGGUGUCAGAGAUGCCCAAAUACAACUGCAGAGAUCAAAGUGCUCAGCCUGCUAGCAAUCAGAUGUCUUACAACAACUACAGAUCUCCCAGCACUGAGCUUGAUUUUCCAAACACCUGUUCAGAACAUACUGAUUUUUUGUCUUUCUCCACACAUGCAAAUGAAGGUGCUUCAGCUUUUCUUUCAGAGGAAGAAAUGCAUAAGCGAGUAAUAUAUCAAAAUGCUCUAAGGAAAACCAAUAUAAUUUCUUGCCCCAUUGCACCUCAGCCAUCUGCCUAUCAGCCUUUAGGUAGUUCAGGUAAAUGUAGUGGUCUAUACUGGGACAGUGACAACGAGGUUAUGUCUGCAUCACUAUAUGAAUCCUUCAUUAAUCUGUGCAACAACCUGAAUGAAGCACCUGCAGAUACUGCAACCUAUGAAUCUGACCCAAGGAUAAAGGACAGUGUGUGUUUGACUGUUCCGGGUUCUGACUGUACCACUGUCCCAGGUUUAGCGUCUGGUGAGAAUGACACACAGACUAGUGAUGGUAGCCCUUGGAUCAAUAGCACUAAUGAGCUGUAUGGUGAUGAAAAUACCAUCAGAGAUGAACAGCUGUUGCAUUUGUUAGAGAUGAAAUGUCAAGAUUUAAACAGUAGAGAAAGAGCUACAAAGGCAACAAAAUGGAAAAGCUUUAACCCUACUGGUAAAGUAAUGCAAGAGGGUGGUGAUAACAGGCUAAAAUACUAACUUCCACUGCCACUCACACAACCACUUGAGGGAACUUGGAGAUGCAGGGGGAAGUGAAGAGGUGCUGAAGCAUGCAGAUGGGGGUGGGGGGUGUGGCUCAGCAGUCAGCUUACCAACAUCACUGGACAGUAUUGGGCUAAGCUUAGACAGAAAAACUGCAGAGCACCUGGAGUUCCAUGGCUCAGACAAGGUGCUACCUUAUCAUUUUGUGUAACUCCUAUCUUUGACUCUCACACCAUUCACAGCGAGGACUCCAAACUGGCACUUGCCGUUUUAAAAAAAGGUCAGUAGAACUAUUAGUGGAAAACCUCAGGAAAACUGAGAAAAAAAUGAAACUUUUGUGCAAACCCUUGCCCAAGAGGACCAAUGCUAUAUGGAGGCAGCCUAGCCACAUUUGCCAAGACUGAACUAGUCCUUGGAAAUAAACUGUAUGGCAAGUUGAA